ACCUGCUUUAUGGUUACCACGUGUUUCCCCCCCUCCUCCUCCCCCUAUGCUGCCUGGCACCAGAUCUAUUGAAAGGGAUAUAUUCUUUCUUGAACAGAAUCUGGCUGGAAGUUGAACAUGGCAUUUCAUUCUUUCUGGAAAGCAGUUGCCAUGAUGGAAAAACACAGAACUGCUUUUUUGUCCAUUUCAUGUGCUGGAUUGUUUGGUGCCAACUUGACUUUUCACGUCUUCUCAAAGGAGUUGUUCAAAUCAAUAUAUCAGGCCUGGGACCAUGGAAAACCAUUGGGGCUUUCAGAAGAUUUGCAGAACCUGUUCCAUAACAUCCUCCAUGAUGUCAGAGUGAAGUCAGCAGAUCGUUACGAUGCCAUUAAGACUUGCACGCUGCACCCCAUAAGCGCUGGUCUACCAUGGAGAGCCAAAGGUUGUGUGGUGGGCAUCCCAUAUCAUUUCAGUGAUAGAUUGAGUGGCGAACAGCAGAUUGCCAAGAUAGACGUUCAGCUUAGAGGCAAGAAAGUGAACUGGACAAGCCCAGAGGGCCUGGCUUUGAAGGAUGCCUUGACACUUUCUUCAGAGGCUCAGAAGUUUGCCAUUGCAAGAGAGAUCAUUGACUUGCAACAAAAUAGGCCUUUAAUAUGUGCAACUGUUGGUCCUAUUUGUCUGGCUGGGUCCUAUAUUUCUGGAGUAACUGUAAAGCAGGUCUUGGGUUUAUAUUAUGCUCCAGUAUUACUGCGAAGCAUUUACAACAUGGCAGUUGUGGCACUCGGGCUGAUGGGCUAUUGUCUGUUAUAUGACACUAUAAGCCAGGCAUUUGAUUAUAGGACAGACAGAAAGACAGCUUCCAUUUCUCCCAGUUUUGCUAGAGGUGGGGUGGAAUUCUACAAUAAAGUUCUGUCACAGAAUAAGGCUUUUCGGACUAUCUUGGGUAAUGAAGGAGAGCAAAUAUAUGCUUCAAAUGGUAAUAUUCUCCCAAAGUUCAGAUUAAAGCAUCCAUCAUAUACUUCCAGAAGAAACUUCAUUAGUAAUAUUUUAAACGCACACCAGGCACAGGAAAAACAUGGUUGAAAUUUAAGAUAAUAAAUUAUGGGUUGUUUUUUUUAAAGUUGCAGUCUGGCAACUUUUCUUAAAAUGUCAUUACUGUUAAUAUAUAGUGGGGGGGAAGAUUGGUGGUGGUGUUAUCUGGUUACAGGUUUUCCAUGGAUUAAAUUUUAAAAAAAUAUAAAUCUCACAUCAAAGGUUGUAAAAGUCUCUUAUAUCCAUAUUAAAAUCCAAGUAUUGCCUACCAAGUCAUGAG